AUGAGAUUAAGCAGUUUAAUUAUUUGUGGUUUGAGAUAUACUAGUUCAACUGAGUUAGAGCCACAGUGGGAGUGGUGGCCUGCAGCAACAAAAAAGUAUAGUGCAAGGGAGGGUUACAGAUGGUUAUUAAAGAAAACAUCAAAUUGGAAUGCCAAUAGUAAUUUGAACUGGUUGUGGAAUACAAACAUUCCAGAGAAGUUCAAAUUUACUAUGUGGCUUGGCUUACAUGAUGCUCUACCAACUGAGACCUUUCGAUUCAAGCGGCAUUUAGCUUCUUCAGAUAUGUGUAAGAGAUACUCGACGGCUGGUAUUGCUCUUGAAGAGUGGUUUCGGAAGGCCUUGGCUAACAAUGAUGCGUCCUUUGGUGCAGGGCUUUGGUGGACCACAAGGUUGUUGCCUUGGCCAGAAUUACCGCCAAGGACUUAUAGGUUUACAGAAAUCGAAACAAUGCCUUUAGGUUUCUCCGAAAUUGCCUGUGUUGGGAACCACCGAUGUGAAUUAUUUGCUGCUUGGAGGGGGCUAGUUUUAGCUUGGGAUUGCGGUUUGAUGGAUAUUAUAUGUGAAACGGAUUGCCUUGACAUUCUGCCCAUCAUGCAUGAGCUUACAAGUUGGUAUUCAUCUGAAGUAACAGAUUUGGUUCACAAGAUUCGGGAGCUUUUAUCUCGUCCUUGGCUUGUUCACGUUGAAUGGGUGUCCCGAGAAGCAAAUAGAGCUACGGAUUGGAUGGCUAAAUAUGGUGCCAAGAGUAAUUCUAAUCAUGUUAUUUGGUCUGAGCCUUGUGUUGAUCUCCAACAAAUCAUUCGCUCGGAUUUAGGAUAG